AAGUAGGUGACCUCUAUCAUGCAAGAUGUACCCACUUAUAAACAAGAAUACUAAUCCGAUAACUCUCCUUCAGGUUUGUUGGGUUUGUUUCCUUAAUUUAUGUUUUUUUUUAUUAGUUAUUAUAUGUGAGAAGAAUGUUAUAUAUAUUAAUACAUAUUUAUUGAGUUUGAGAGAGAUACGAAUAUUCCCAUACAUAUACAUAUUUAUAGGUGGCUUAUAUAUAUAUGACUAAAAUAAAAUGACAUGUGUUUAUAACACACUUUUUUAAUAUAUAUUUAUAUAUACGCGCAUGCAAUCAUAUGCAUGUGUACAUUUCUGUGAAACAAAUAAUAAUAUAAGAUUGCUAGCUAAUAGAACGAGCUAUAUACUCUACCAAGUUGAAAAUGGCUUCUAAGCCUGGAAUCCUCACUGAUUGGCCAUGGAAGCCUCUUGGAAAGUUUAAGUAUUUAAUUGUAGCACCAUGGGCGAUUAGUAGCACGUACAUGUAUUUAACAAAGGAUGAUCCAAUGGAGAGAGACUUCUCAACCUUUACCAUUUUCCCAAUUUUGUUGUCAAGAUAUGUUCACAAUCAGAUUUGGAUCUCUCUUUCUCGUUACCGAUCAGCCAAAGGAAACAACCGAAUCGUUGACAAGAGCCUUGACUUUGACCAAGUUGAUAGAGAAAGAAAUUGGGAUGACCAAAUAUUGUUCACUGCAAUACUGAGUUAUUUGGGGACCCGUAUAAUUCCAAAUGGUAGAAAUGUAGCUAUAUGGAAGACAGAUGGGAUAAUUAUAACAAUUCUGCUUCAUGUUUUUGUUGUGGAAUUCUUAUACUAUUGGCUUCACAGAGCUUUACACCACCAUUACCUCUAUUCUCGUUAUCACUCUCAUCACCAUUCCUCCAUUGUCACCGAGCCCAUUACUUCUGUGGCUCAUCCAUUUGCAGAGCACAUGGCAUAUUUCCUUCUGUUUGCAAUCCCAUUAUUGAUAACAGCAUUUACAGAAACUGUCUCCGUAGCUUUAUUAAUAGGUUACAUAACUUAUAUCGAUUUCAUGAACAACUUAGGGCACUGCAACUUCGAGUUCAUUCCCAAGUGGUUCUUCUCUCUGUUCCCCCUUCUCAAGUAUCUUAUGUAUACUCCCUCGUUUCAUUCGUUGCACCACACUCAGUUCCGAACCAAUUAUUGCUUGUUCAUGCCAAUGUAUGAUUACAUCUAUGGAACCGUAGACGAAUCUUCAGAAAACUUAUAUGAGAUGUCACUGAAAAGAAAGGAGGAAUUACCAAAUGUGGUGUAUUUAACACAUAUGACCACACCCGAGUCCAUAUACCAUAUGGAGAUAGGGUUUCCUGCAUUGGCCUCUAUGCCUCACUCUUCAUCGAAAUGGUACCUUUGGUUGAUGUGGCCUCUCACUGCCUUGUCAACCCUAAUGGCUGGGCUCUAUGCUCGUCCUUUCCUGGUUGAGAGCCACCGUUUCCAUAAACUCACAUUGCAAACUUGGGCUAUACCCAAGUACAAGAUACAAGUAUGCAAGAAUUGCAUAUAUUUUCUACAAUGGCAAAAAUCAUCCGUUAACAAUUUGAUUGAGAAAGCCAUACUUGACGCUGAGGAAAAGGGUGUAAAAGUAUUGAGUCUAGGUCUCUUGAAUCAGAAAGAAGAUUUGAAUGCAUAUGGUGAGAUUUACGUGAAAAGAUACCCUGAGUUGAAGGUGAAAGUUGUAGAUGGCAGUAGCCUAGCAGUGGGGGUUAUACUAAACUCCAUACCAAAAGGAACAACUCAAGUCUUGCUUACUGGAAAUCUUACCAAGGUUGCUUAUGCUGUUGCUUUGGCUCUCUCCCACAAGGGUAUUCAGGUAGCUUCUUCUAAGGAGGAGGAGUACAAGAAACUGAAGAAAUCAUCAAUCAAUAUGUCCAAUAAUUCUACCACUAAUGAAUGUUUGGUGUUCUCCCAAAGUUAUUCUGAAAAGAUUUGGUUAGUGGGAGAUGGAUUGAGUAAAGAAGAACAAGUAAAAGCUCGAAAGGGAACAAUCUUCAUUCCUUUCUCUCAAUUCCCACCUAAACCAUUUCGCAAAGACUGCUUUUACCAUUACACACCAGCAAUGCACACUCCUUCAACUCUCCAGAAUCUUCAUUCAUGUGAGAAUUGGUUGCCAAGAAGAGUGAUGAGUGCAUGGCGUAUAGCGGGAAUAGUACAUGGGUUAGAAGGUUGGAAUGAGCAUGAGUGUGGCUUCCAUACCAUUAAUGAUAUUCACAAAGUUUGGGAAGCCACUCUUCGUCAUGGAUUUCACCCACUGCCAAUUACAUCUUCUCAUCAAAAAUUUUAACUUAUAAAUUGUAUUCUAUAUAUUAUAUAUAAUAUUAGUCAAGAAGAAAGACUGAAUUAUCAUAAAUUUUUACAUAAAACUUAUAAAUAUGACACUUUUGAAGGUCUGUAAUAAUAAUAUCUUCACACUGGGGAACAA